AUGGGCCAGAGGCACAACAGACGCCGUACACGACCACGAUCUCGCAAUCGCAGCAUCAACAUCAUCCCCGUCGAACCGACUCCCCGUCCGGUCACCUUCUUCGAUCCGGCUUCUACUUCCCGUCGCACCUCCGCUGUCGGUGACUCACUGGACGCCAUUUCGAUACACCCCGCCCCGACCUGGCACAAUGGGUAUAUAAUGUGGCAGAAACGUGAGCGCACCCCGCGGUUUGAGUCCACCAAGAUGGAAGCCGAGCAGUAUCGUCUUUGCGGAGGCGAACCGGGUGAUGAUGUCGGCCUGUGUUAUCGCAUGCUGGAAUACUUUGAUGGACUGGACUAUAUGAAUGCGUGA